AUGGCAGCUUUGACUUCAUCUGCAUCAAACCCAGAAACUGAGAAUUCUGACAUAGAAAGGAGGAGAAGAAGCAGCAACAAAUCUGAGCCGUUGAUUCCUGGACUUCCCGACGAGGUGACCGAGCUGUGUCUGCUUUACCUUCCCUAUCCAUACCAAACUUUGGUGCGUUCGGUCUCUGCUUCGUGGAACAGAGCCAUUUCAGACCCGGCUUUCCUUCACUGCAAGAAGUCUCUUUCGCUCCCGCUGCCGUAUCUUUUCGUUUUCGCCUUCAACAAAUCGACGGCCAGGAUUCAGUGGCAAGCGCUAGACCCUCGAUCGGGCCGUUGGUUUGUCCUACCUCCGAUGCCGGGGCAUUAUUCCAAGGCUGGGAGUCCACCGGGGUUAGCAUGCGCCUCCUUGCCACGUCAAGGGAUGCUUGUCGUGUUGGGUGGAUCCAACGCGGAAUGUUCUAUGCGGUCCACCCUCGUGUACCGUACAUCGACCAAUCAAUGGUCCAACGCGGCUCUUAUGCCGACUGCUCGAUCUUAUUUCGAUGCAGGGUGCGUCGAUAAUAAAAUCGUAGCAGUCGGAGGUACUGGGACAUGCGAGAACGACUCAAUUAGGACUGUCGAGUGUUACGACCCUGAAAUGGAUAAGUGGACGACAAUUGCGACAAUGCCUGUAGGACUUACCAAAUACGACUCCCACGUGGUGGGGGAUAAGAUGUAUGUCACUGAGGGGUGGACGUGGCCCUUUAUGUUCUCGCCACGUAGCCUGGUCUACGACUCGAAGACGGACGUGUGGCGAGAAAUGAGUCUCGGGAUGAGGGAAGGCUGGACGGGCAUCAGUGUAUUAGUGGACAACAAGUUAUUGGUGAUAUCGGAGUAUGGUGAUUGUCCGAUUAAAGUGUACGAUCAUGAUGAGGACACGUGGAGGUACGUCGGAGGGGACAAGUUCCCGUGCGACGCACUUAGACGGCCUUUCGCUGUAAGCGCGGUGGAGGGUAGCAUAUAUGUGGUGGCAUGUGGGCUGAAUGUGGGAAUAGGAAGGCUGUCUGAAGGAGAAAAGGGCGAGGUACAGGUCGAGUGGCAGGUUAUGCCAGCUCCAAGUGCUUUUAGGGGUUUUUCUCCUUCUAGUUGUCAAGUGCUUUAUGCCUGA